AUGAAGUUGGGAUCUCGCAUCUCCUGGCGGUGGUACGCCGCCAUCGGAGCCUUCUUCCCAGGCUGCAUUGCCAAGGCCAAUGCCAGUCCAGCCGUCAACGUGGCGCUCCAAGCCUCCUUCGACUCGGCCCCAUACCUAGUCGAGCUCUUGGAAUCCGCGGCAGAAGAAAACUCCACCUCGUAUUUCCCAUUGUUGGAUCGCAUCGCCGAUGGGACCUUCGAAGACCUCACAACAGAGCAAGAGCUCUACGACCGUUUCUUGAGCGUCGUCCAAGACGGUGGACAUCUACGUACCCCUGAGAGUCUAUCCUCGUUUAAGCUAUCGCUUUCUGUUCGCUCGUCCGCGCCUCGCAUCGAGGCUCACUACCAGUUCUACAAUACCUCUGUCCAGCAAUCACUAGGCGCGGCCCAGGAUGCCGUGUGUCCGGUCUGGGUUCAUCUGGAGGAGAAGCAAUACUGCUCUUCUGCGCUGGAACGCGCGCAGCAGGAUGUUCUCGAUGCGCAGGAUCCUAGGGAACUACCCUUUGACCGAGUCCUGGGUGACAUCUCGCUCCCUCCGGCUGUCCUGUAUGCGGAUAUCUCCGCACCAAUGUUUAGGGAUUUCCACGAGACAUUGAGCGGUAUGGCGAAACAGGGACAGAUCUCGUACCGGGUGCGCUACCGACCUCCUCAGCAUUGGGUUUCCAGGCCGUUAUUUGUUUCAGGCUAUGGCGUGGAGCUUGCCUUGAAGCGGACGGACUACAUUGUUAUUGAUGACCGUGCUGCGGAGAAGCUUGAUACUGAGACCAAUCCUGAUCCGGGAACGAAGGAGAAUGCACCGGAUGAUUUGCGGCCUUUGUCUUCUUCCGAGGUUGCGCGGUUGGGUGUUAAUUCUGCGAAAUAUGUGAUGGAUAGUGCUGAUCCUUUGGAAACUUUGAUCAAGCUUUCGCAGAACUUCCCUAAGUACUCUUCUACUGUGGCGGCUCACAAUGCUACUGGAGAAAUGUUGCAGGAGAUUCGCCAUAAUCGGGCGAAGAUGCUUCCUGGUGGAUACAAUGUCAUGUGGAUCAACGGCGUGCAAAUUGAUACGCGUCAGAUCGAUGCGUUCUCUCUUCUGGAGCAUUUGCGCCGUGAGAGGAAGCUUAUUGAGAAGUUCCGCGGUCUCGGCCUGUCCGCUAACGACGCUGUCAAGAUUCUGUCACAUCAGGUCCUCACUGAGGCCCAGGCUGGUGGCGAGGAACAGCGGUAUGAUUACCGGGAUGACUCGGAAGAGAACCAGGUUAUUAUCUGGCUGAAUGAUCUGGAAAAGGAUUCCAGAUACGAGGGCUGGUCUAGUGAACUCGACGCGUAUAUUGCCAGUGCUUAUCCGGGACAGCUGCCUCCAGUGCGCAGGGAUCUCCACAAUGUGGUCGUUCCUGUUGAUCUGUCCGACCCGGAGAACAUGAUGCUCAUUGCUGGUAACUUGCAUGCUUUCAUCAAACGAGGCAUCCCUGUGAGAUUUGGCUUGGUACCUCUCAGCUCAUCUCCUGAGUCUGUCGCGCAACUGAAGGUGGCUCAUUACCUUUUCGAUGCUUAUGGCCUGGACUCUCUCGUCAAAUACUUCGAAGCAUAUGCUACUAAGGGAAAGAGAGGUUUCCCCGAUAAAUCGUGCUUCGUAACUGCAACCAAGGAACACGAGCUUAUUGGUGACCAUCCGGCCCUCUCUCUUGACCAAGUCUUAAAAAGCGAAAAGUACAAUGCUCUUGUCUCCUACACAGCUGCUUACCAGCGCCGUUUGAGCCUUGCCGGUGACGCAUCUCCCUUCCUGAUCAAUGGUGUUCCCGUCUCCAGCGAGGGCAACUGGAUGCAGGGAAUGAGUAUGCAAAUUAGCCGGGACUUGAAGCUGGUACAACAGGGAAUCGUCGAGGACCUCUUCGAGGAGGAUGCUUGGCUCCCUGAAUUCUUUCUGGCUGGAGCAUUCAAGAGACGUAACACUUUCCUCAUGCCCGAAGACCCGAAGAGUGUUCGCAUUGUGGAUCUUGCCAACAUCCUUGGAUCCGACGAGAACAUUUUGCACGAGAUCCCCCGUAUUGCCUCUGACAAGAGCGCCUUGGAGAGUGUUCAUAUGAUUGUCGUGGGUGAUUUCGAGUCGGAGGGUGUUGCAUUGUUGACUGAAGCCCUCAACCUCCGGAAGGAGCAUACUGAUGUUGAGGUUCUUCUGCUUCACAAUGCCGCAUCAGAUGACGAUGCUCUCCCCAAGAAUCUCGUCAUGGCUUACCAGUUGCUUGCUAAAGGCGAAAGCAUCGACCAGGUCCUGGCUAGAAUUCGCGCAUCUGACGAUGACGCUGAGAUUCCGGAGAUCGCGGUUGAAGAGCUCUCUUCGGUCCAAGCCUUGCACCAGCGCCUUGCCAAAGAACUUGGUUUCGAGCCUGGCACAGAAGGUCUCGUCGUCAAUGGGAGGGCAGUCGGUCCUAUCGAUAAGGAUUACCCACUGACAGUGGACGAGUUAAGCCAGCUCAUCGCCUACGAACGGCUCAAACGUCUCGAUCCUGUUGCAUUGGCGGUCGCCCAACUAGGAUUCCAAACAAAGAUCUCGAGCCCGCUCGACUUCGCCAAGCUUACAUCGCUUGUGGCCCUUUCUAUGAUCUCGGAUGUUCCAGAGGGGAUCUUUGAGAACACUCCUGAUUUCAGAAUGGAUGUGUCCGAUAAGUGGAGAACUGUUCAUUCCGUGAUCACGGUUUCCAAUUCUGAUGAUCCUCCGAUUAAUGUUGCUGUUGUUCUUGACCCUGCGUCUGAGGUUGCCCAGCGAUGGCUGCCAAUUAUCAAGGUUCUUUCUGAACUGUCUGGUGUUCAACUCAAGAUCUUCCUCAACCCGAAGGAGGACCUCAAGGAGUUGCCAGUCAAGCGGUUCUACCGUUAUGUUCUCGAGUCAGAGCCGUCAUUCACCGAAGGCGGUGCUCUGGCUCGGCCUCAGGCUUCCUUCACUGGUGUGCCAGUCGAAGCACUGUUAACUCUGGGCAUGGACGUGCCUUCAUCGUGGCUUGUUGCGCCCAAGGACUCGAUCCACGACUUGGAUAACAUCAAGUUGGGCUCGCUCAAGGCCGGCACCGAUGUUGAUGCAAUCUAUGCCCUUGAGCACAUCCUGAUCGAGGGCCACUCUCGUGAUCUCACAACCAAAACACCCCCCAGAGGUGUUCAGCUCACCCUGGGCACAGAGAAAAAUCACUAUUUCGCUGAUACGAUCAUCAUGGCCAACUUGGGAUACUUCCAAUUCAAGGCCCAGCCAGGCCUGUGGCAGAUUAACCUAAAGCCCGGCCGCAGCGAGAAGCUCUUCAACAUCGACAGUGUCGGCGGCCUCGGAUAUCGCCCACAGACCGGCGACGAAAGCAACGAGGUAGCUCUGCUAACCUUCCAAGGCCGCACGCUAUUCCCCCGCCUAUCCCGCAAACCAGGCCACGAAGAAGAAGACGUCCUAGAAACCGGCAUCCAACCAGGCUCAACAAAAGACUACUUCGCCAAGGGCCUCAACUUCGCCUCAGGCGUCCUCUCCAGCGUAGGCGUCAGCACCAAGAGCAGCGACCAACAAGCCGACAUCAACAUCUUCUCAGUAGCAAGCGGACACCUCUACGAACGCAUGUUAAACAUAAUGAUGGUCUCAGUAAUGCGGCACACAAAACACACGGUGAAAUUCUGGUUUAUCGAACAAUUCCUCUCACCUUCCUUCCGCGCCUUCCUCCCCUCCCUUGCGCGCGAAUACAACUUCUCCUACGAAAUGGUCACCUACAAAUGGCCACACUGGCUCCGCGCCCAAAAAGAAAAACAGCGCGAAAUCUGGGGCUACAAAAUGCUCUUCCUAGACGUCCUCUUCCCCCUCUCCCUGGACAAAGUCAUCUUCGUCGACGCAGACCAAAUCGUCCGCACAGACAUGUACGAUCUGGUCACCCACGACCUCCAAGACGCGCCCUACGGCUUCACCCCGAUGGGCGAUUCCCGCGCUGAAAUGGAGGGUUUCCGUUUCUGGAAGCAGGGGUACUGGUCGAACUUCCUCCGCGGGAAACCGUACCAUAUUUCCGCGCUGUAUGUUGUUGACCUGAACCGGUUCCGCGCUCUUGCGGCUGGUGAUCGGUUGCGUGGGCAGUAUCAGAUGCUCUCGGCUGAUCCGAACAGUCUUAGUAAUCUGGACCAGGAUCUGCCUAAUCAUAUGCAGCAUCAUAUUCCUAUUCAUAGUUUGCCGCAGGAUUGGUUGUGGUGUGAGACUUGGUGUGCGGAUGAGGAUUUGGAGACGGCGAGGACGAUUGACCUUUGUAAUAACCCUCUUACUAAAGAGCCGAAGCUGGAGCGAGCGAGGAGGCAGGUUCCUGAGUGGACGGUUUAUGAUGAUGAGAUUGCUGCUUUGGCGAGAAGGGUUGCUGGGGUUGAGGAUGCUGCUAGGGUUGAGUUUGUGCAGAGUGGUGAGGAAAGGAAGGAUGAGUUGUAG